CAACAGCUAGGGGAAUAGUGAAUAAUGUAGUAUAAUGUAGACUACUGCAAGGAAAUGUUAAACCAUACUUUGGGGUAUGGGUUUCAGCGUGAUUGAAAAAGUUAUGAUGUGCAGGAGUAUCUUUCAAAAUGUGAGUCCAACUUUACAGGAGAGAAGCUUGGACAUAGUACGCGCAGAAGAAGGUCAUGACGAAUGAGAAUCUGUUUCCACUUUGCAUCUUAGGUUUCUUUACGCGUGUGUCUCUCAAGAAUGUGUGUGACACUGAGAAAAAUGCCAGAGACACUAGAACAAGCACCAUAGCGACUCUAAUGUCCAAGUACAUUAUAAAGCUGUGAAAAUGCACGCACUUACCAGCCUGUCAAUGGUCAGUUUGCUAAGUUUUGGCCACCUAUCCAUGGAAUGGACCAAGUCGAAUCAAAUCAAGGAGCACACUCAAAACGAUGCCUCCAUUACGUUUGAGCCAAAGCAACCACCACACAUCAUAUUCAUUCUGACGGAUGACCAAGGCUUCAAUGACAUAGGCUAUCACAACCCGGACAUUAGGACUCCAACCCUGGAUAAACUUGCUGCGGAAGGGGUGAAGCUGGAGAAUUACUAUGUUCAACCUAUCUGCACUCCGUCACGCAGUCAGCUGAUGACGGGCAGAUACCAGAUCCACACAGGGCUUCAGCAUUCCAUCAUCCGGCCACGUCAGCCCAGCUGCCUUCCCUUGGACAUGACCACGCUCCCACAGCGAUUGCAGGAAGCCGGCUACGCUACUCACAUGGUGGGCAAGUGGCACCUGGGCUUCUACCGGAAAGAGUGUCUGCCCACGCGCCGCGGAUUCCACAGCUACUUUGGAUCUCUGACGGGCAGCGUGGACUACUACACAUAUGGCUCCUGUGACGGUCCCGGCCUGUGUGGCUACGAUCUCCACGAGGGGGAGACGGUGGCCUGGGGCCGAGGAGGCAAGUUCUCCACACACCUCUACACCCAGAGGGUUCGCAAGAUCCUGUCCACCCACCACCCCGCCCGCCAGCCACUGUUCAUGUUCCUCUCUCUCCAGGCCGUUCACACGCCCCUGCAGUCGCCCAAAGCCUACAUCUACCCCUACCGGGGGAUGGGAAAUGUGGCCAGGAGGAAGUAUGCCGCCAUGGUGUCAAUCGUGGACGAGGCCGUGCGCAAUGUCACCUACGCCCUGCGCAAAUACGGUUACUACCGCAACAGCGUGCUAAUCUUCUCCACCGACAACGGUGCCCAGCCGUUCACCGGGGGUAGUAACUGGCCCCUCCGCGGGCGUAAAGGGACCUACUGGGAGGGAGGGGUCCGCGGGGUUGGCUUCGUCCACAGCCCACUGCUGCGUCACAGACGGAGGGUUUCCAAGGCCCUUCUGCACAUCACUGACUGGUACCCCACCCUGGUGGGUCUAGCUGGGGGGAACGUCUCACUGACCGAGGGUCUGGAUGGCUAUAACAUGUGGCCGACCAUCAGCGAGGGCACAGAGUCUCCGCGCCGGGAGAUCCUCCAUAAUAUCGACCCUCUCUACCAGCGCUCCAGCCUAGCGCCUGGAUCUGGUCAGGAGGCCCAGCAUGUGUGGGACACCACGGUUCAGGCUUCCAUCCGGGUGGGGGACUGGAAGCUGCUGACAGGGGACCCAGGCCAUGGAGACUGGAUCCCACCACAGGUACUGGCCAACUUCCCAGGCAGCUGGUGGAACCUGGAGCGGAACGCCGGGGGAACAGGGAAGUCUGUGUGGCUCUUCAACAUCACGGGCGACCCGUACGAACGCAGAGACAUGGCACAGCAGAGGCCUGAUGUGGUCGAUCAGCUGUUAGCGCGACUUGCCCACUACAACCGCACCGCCGUUCCCGUCAGGUUCCCGACCGAUGACCCGCGGGCCAACCCAGACCGCAACGGGGGGGCCUGGGUACCCUGGGUCGGGUCGGACAAGGACGAGCUGAAGUGGAACGGCAUCUAUAAGAAAGGGAGGAAUAAGAAGAAAAAGCUGUGCAAACUGAGAUCCUUUUUCAACAAACUGAAUCUUCCAGAGAAGAUACUCCCCCACCCAGCGGGCCGUGAACACUCUGCCUCAUCGGCUCUCACUUCGGGUAGGACAGCAGAAGGGGAGCAGCGGCAAAGGCGGCGACAAAGCUUGGAGGCUGACGCGUGGCCUUAA